UAUUAUUCGAUGCGAAAAUCACUGAAAUGUGUAUCCAUCUAUUUUCUUCUUUGUACGAUUUUAAUCAAUAUAUACAUAUUUUCUCAAUUUCGUAUUGAAGCGAAAGAUUUAAUCGAUCAUGUGAAUUAUAAUAAACAACAAGAACCAUUUUUGAUUAAAAAAAACGAUAAUGAUUUUCUUGUACUUGAUUGGACUGCUACACAACAUAUAUUCAAAGAACAAGAUCCGAUUAAAUGUAAGUUUAGAUUUCUAUAUCUUUCGAAGAAAACUGUUACUAAUAAAAUUAUUUUUAUGUGUUGAAAUGAUCAAUAGAAUUAGCUAAUCAAAUAAACUUUCUAUAAUCGACGAUGAAUAGAAAGAAUUUUGUAAAUAAUUAGAUUUAUAUUACAUCGACAUUUUUUUAGGUGAUUUUUCCCAUAUAACUCCUGAUUAUUGUCAAUUAAAAUUUAUUUCAAUAUUGAAUAAUACACUUCGUUUAUUUCUUAUUGAACGUUGUUCUCGUUUAUCAAAACUUAAUGUUCGUUGGACAUCUGAUCGAUCAUAUUUAAAGCAAGCUCAUCUUCUAGCAUAUCAUUCUAUUCAUAUGCCAUGGCAGAAUUUACCAAAAUUAAUACGUAAUGAUCAACAACAACAAUUUUCUACUACUUAUGUACUUGAAAGUGAAGUACAUUCAUCAAAUGGUGAACAUUGGCAUAAAAUUGAUUUUCCAAUGUGGUAUAAUCUUCAACGGUCAUAUCCUGAACCUGCUACUUACUUUGAUCUUCAAAUAUAUCUUCCGCAAUUAUUUGCGCCGGUUUAUAUACCUUUCAUAAAUAAAACAACAACGGCUCCAAUCGUUUGGAUUAUAUCGAAUUGUCAAGCUUAUAAUGCACGUCAAGUUUUUAUUGAAAAAUUAAUGACAUAUAUUCGUAUUGAUUCUUAUGGUAAAUGUCUUAAUAAUAUUAAAUUAAGUAAUAUACAAAAACGUCAACAAAUAAAUUCGAUUUUAUAUUCAACAUAUAAAUUUGUAAUUGCAAUUGAAAAUUCGAAUUGUGAAGAUUAUGUUACAGAAAAAUUAAUUGAAGUAUUUGCAUCAACAUCAAUACCUAUUGUUGCAAGUCGAAAUGGUAAACCGGAUUAUUCACGUUUUGCACCAAAAUAUUCAUAUAUUAAUAUAUAUGAUUAUAAAUCAGUUAAAGAAUUAGCUGAUUAUUUAAAUUAUUUAUCAAAUAAUCAAACGGCUUAUAAUGAAUAUCUAUGGUUUAGACAAAUACCAACGAAAAAUGAUUCGUCAUUAAGUAUCAUUGAACGAUCGCUACCUGAAAAUCUUCAAUUGGCUGAUAAAAUUUUGGGUGUGAAUGCAACAAUGCGUAAAUGGUUAUUAACUAAAGAAACUAGUAUUAAUAAAUAUUGUAAAUUGGUACAAUUUAUCUAUACAAACUAUUGGAAAGUAAUAGAUGAACGAAAGAAAAUUGAUCGUCCAACAGCUAAUCAAGUGUGUUUACCUCGACAUGAAUUGGGAUCUUAUUUUUCUUGAUAUAUUCAUCAUUAAUCCUAAAAGGAGUUGUAAAAUUCUACUGAUUUCAUUUGUAAGCCAUAUAUGUGUGUAUGAUUUUUAAAUAAAAUUUGAUAUACUAUUUAUAAAAUAUAACAAAAAAAACAGUAAACAUAAGUGA